UAUACGACAAGUCUCAUCUCCUUCGGAACACGCUCCUCGCUGGGUCCAAAGGAAGGACAGUGCUUCGGGAGAUGUUUGCUGGUCGAAGCUCCCUCUAAAACUCGCCACAUUCAACGAGACCACUGGGCCCAGCGAGAAUGUCACGAACAACACGCUUAUUUUUGCGACAGCCGUCAGCCUUGUGCUUAGGGCACGCCGAAUUCAACACUGCCAAAUUGCGAGCUCAAAUGCUGUGGCCAGCGAGGGUCGUCAGGACCGCUCCACCAUCAAUUCCGCUUUCCAACUCUUUGUGCACGCAGACGAGGAGUUCAUUGUGUCGAAUGCAAUACAAUGUGACUGUGGGGCCUGUAGGUCUACAAGCAAGGUCGACUGCUAGUGUUCUUCUUUCUGUUAGAUUGGCUCACACCGUACCGCGGACCCUACAACAACGAAGUCAAAAUAGCGGAACUCAAGAAGUCUCUACGGAAGUUUCGCAACCGAUAAUCAUCUAUCGUGGAGGAGCCGCCUUCAAGCCAUGGCUGUCCAUCUUCAGCGCGCUCGUCUUUCUAUUUGCUGGAAUUACCAUAGCUCCAAUGAUCGUCGACGGUCUUUCCUACCCGAAUUUCGGGAUCACCGGGUGGGAAAGGGAUGAGGACGGAAACAUCAAGGAAGCAGAACUCCUUCCUAGGACGGCACGCGGCAUCGCUGCUGGGGCUUUUGUCAUGUUAGGUGCUGCGAGUGGCUGGUUCUUUGUGAUGGUGCCCAUCAGGACUAUAACACGUAUGACGAUCCACCCUGCAAGCCGAGAGAUCGCUAUCCGCACCACACUGGCCUCGCCUCUUGCUUAUCUUCCCCUCGGCGCUAGGCGAGCCGCACGCCUCGGGCUGAAGCACCCACUUGCAACGAAAAAUGGCUCUCCAGACGGUCCACGCGAUCGCCGCACUCGAGUGUUGCCAUUGGACAGCGUUUACCGGCAAAUUCGACAGAGUGAUGUCCAAGACUUUGGGGCCGCGAACCUCUCCAGCAGCGCCAGAAGCGCGUUGGCGCUCGUUCUCCCGGCCUCAGCCGCUGCAGGGACCUUGGAUCAAGGGAAGAGACUUCGGAAGAGCGCGAACACCACCGACCAGCUAUAUCUAGACAUCAAGCCUUUCAAGCUCCUUUUUGGUAUCAGGGCUUCUGGCGGCAAAGAUGUUGCCGAAUUGGAGGAGCCGCCUAGCACGGAGAGUCAUGGGAGAGACGGGACGGUUGUGGCUGCCAGGAAAGGACGCAGCUUGUACGCUGUCGGCUGGGACAACUUCAAAUACUGGCUAUUGCAAUCGACCGACUGGGAAGAUCUGCCAGCCGCACAAGCCAAGGAACUUCGACGCGCUGGAGACCCUUGGCUGCGAUCAAAGUGCCAGGAGGCGGCCAAGCGACGCGCAAAAAGCAGCCAGGCGUUCGUAUCUACCGUCAUUGGUGAUGGACUGGGCAAGAAGGAACCGUGGUUCAGGGACAGGGCAAACUUUGAUGCGCUCUUCCCUGAGAGCAAGCUUUAAGGAUGUAUGAUUCAUUCUAGAUAGGCAACCAGCUCGAACUCGGUCAUCCCUGUACUUUUGUGCACAUGUGUACAUUGUACAUGCAAGCGGC